AUGUCGCCCAAACUCAAGCCUUUACUUCUCCCACAGCUCGUCGAAGAACGGCGGAUGUUAGAGGUACAACAGACGAUGGUCCCUGACGUCGAUCCGUCCCACGUCUACUCUGCCGAUAACACCUCUUCGUCCGACAUUGCAUCUCCCGUCACACCCACUUUCUCCCAGCGCAGCGGCCAUAUGCGCUACUCGAGCUCUUCAUCGUCGCUCGAGCUCAUGCCCCCGGCGCCUCUUUGCACCGACAACCCCGUAUCGCCAACGCAAUUGGCAUAUACCAGCAAGUCCGUCAAAACCCAACUGCCAGAUGUCCAGGAGGACCCUGCCGAGAGGGAGGAGGAGGAGCACACCUUGGUCCGUAGCGAAAUUGGUGCGCUCGACUACUGCCUCUGUGACGAACCAUGCUCCCAUAGCGAGAGCAGCACGUUUGACAACCCCGGCGUCUUUGACUAUGACUAUGAUACCGGGUUCCUGAGCGACAGCGACUUCAGCACCAGCUCACGGUCCAAGAGGCGGCGCCAUGUUGCCGCCGAUUCUCUCUCUGGCAUCACAUCCCAGAUCACCUCCAGGAUACCCGGACUCUCCCGCCUGCGCUCCAACAGCAAACGCUCCAACAUCACUUUCACGCCCGCUUCUGAUCCUUCUCUUGAUCUGCGACCCACCCUGUCUCGCGCAGCUUCCAGCCGAUCUUCAUCCAUCUCCGCCCCCGUCCGCCAUGUCCCAGAUCGUUGUUUCGAACCCCCUCUGCCGCCUACCCCAGCGUUGUCCUAUUAUGGGAGCACUGAGAGCAUAGUGAUGCCCCCAGCCCAGGACAUCGACUUUGUCAGUGUGCAGCAGAGUCUGGAACGUGAGCGCGCCAUGGCGACCACGCCAUUGCUGCCACCCCUUCUCACUAGCUUGCCUUCUUCCUCGCAGCCUCAGUCUGUGGCACAGUCACCGUUGCAGUCACCGACCAUCGCCCCGAGCCCGUCCACUGUGGACCCUAUGGCUUCUCAAGUCUUCUCGCUGCCGCCGUUGAGCACAAAGCCUUCGCUAUCGUCGUUCCGUCCGGUCAUAAGCCCCAGCGCCUCAGCCCCACCGACUAUUGCGUCAUCGGAGCUACCGUCGCCACUACCACCGACCUUUGACUUGCUUGAGCAGAACGACGCCUGGUCUGAUCGCCUAGGACACGCAAACUACACGAUCAACCCCAAGCCAUAUCAGCCCGAUACCGCCAGCCUUAGGGCGCUGCAAGACUACAGGUCCGACUGGGACCAGGCGCGAGUCAACUACACGAAGCACUUGGCUCGUACCGGCGAGCACUACGGUUCUACUUCCAAGACGUUUCAUCUCACCGAGGCCAAGUGGGCCGAGACCGAGGAGCACUGGAAGGUUGAGCAUGACAUCCUGGUCGACCGGAUUGUGGCCACGGGCGACUAUGACGCUCUGCCGCAGCAGGAGUGGUCGCGCCUGCAGGGCGAAGUCCCCAGCAUUAUCCCGAGGAUGCUCGAUGCCAAAGGGAAAUUUCCCGAAUUGGGUGACCAGGAAAUCGUGGGGCCCAUGGUCCGUGACGCCGUCAUGGUCCGAGACCAGCUGACAGCCGAUGAACGCCAGAGCACAUCCAAGUUCUGGAAGAGUCUGGCCGGCAAGGUGGGCCUGAGAAAGUGA